AUCUCAUGGUUCUACUAUCAAAAUCUUGCGUUACUUUGCACUGGGGUGAAGAAAAUUUGUCUGGCAUACAUCGUGAUGUCGUCAAAUGUUGGUCUUAUCAGUCGUCAAUGCAAACGUACGUGCGAUCGUUACCAGUUUUUCGACCAAAAAAUAGCCGUCGAAAAGUUAACUGGUCUUGUUUUAGUUGGAGAGACGUUCAGCAACCAUUGUUCUGAAAAUACAGAUGCGAAAACAACAAAUCCUCCAACGAAAAAUUACAUUUCUUCCCUUCAGAAGUUUCAUUGUAAUAUAUGUCAGUUGAAGAUGGAUAAUGCAGUAGAUAUGCGGGAACACUUCAAAAGUGAAUGGCAUAUCUGCAAUAUAAAUCGAUCCUUACGUGGUUAUUGUCCACUAAAUUUUGAUCUAUUCGAAACUUUAAGACAAGAGAAAAUAGAAAAUGUUUCGGAAAUAAAUACCAUCGAUCAAGUUGGAAUGAGUCCAAUUAAUUCACUGUCAGCAACUAUAGGACCAAAUAUUGACAACAAUGACUGUGAUCAUGGUACAUCAUCUAAAACAGUUACUAAUUCGUCACUUACUGCAUCGUCACAUAAGCAGAUGUUAUUUUUCCGAAAUUAUAAUUCAGAAAUAGUUGGAAUAAAUCGUUGUGUUCUAUUUACUAGGAAGACUAUGCCUUUAACAAUGGAUGAGUUGCUGGGAUCUGUUUCGCGUGUUCGACAAAGUCGGAAAUGGGCUAUUCUUCUUUAUUCUGGAGGUAAAUUCGCUGGUGGCAUUUUUGAUGGAACAAACGAGAUUGUUCAUAAAACUUUGCGCAACUAUACAGUACGCGCUAAACAAGGUGGUGGUCAAUCAUCUUAUGAUUCACAAUGUGGUGGUCUUGGCGGAGUGAAAUCAGCUGGUGCUAAUCUUCGACGUCAUGGUGAAGCAACUAUUCGUAAUGAAAUAAGUGAUCUUUUACAUAACAAAUGGCGUGUUCUGUUACAAUCUUGCCAGCUGAUAUUUUUGUGGUCUCCCAAAGUACAUCGAAGUAUAUUUUUUAAUCCACCUGUAUCAUCCUCAUCUGUGCCAUCUAAUCAUAAAUUUACCGGUGAUAAUUUGAAUGAAUCAACUGACUAUUCUUCGAUUAAUUCCAGUUAUCGAAUUUCCUCACCUCUUGUCCCAGAUUCAUUAGCUUCAAAAGCUUGUGACUGUCGACUUGGAAUGACAAUAGAUGAUCCAAGAUUACGCAGAAUACCUUGUCGUAGUAAACAUAUCACAUAUUUACACGUAAAAGAAUUACACAAAGAAUUGUCAACUUUUGAUGUUUAUGAUCCUGAUGCUAAUCUGGAGUUUCUCAGUAAAUCAGGUCGAAAUCAAUGGCGCAAAUUAUCUGAAAGCGGUGAUGAAACUUUGUUAGAAACUAAAAGUGGUCGAUUAAUUUACGGUCCACUUAGCCUACUAGAAACUAGUCCUAAAAAGAAUUUAUUGUCAUCAAGUUCAGAUAAUUCUGAUUUGUCAGAUUGUGUCAGUUCACAAGACGAUACUGAUGAUGAUAGCAAUGAUGAUCGAGUGGAGCAGAUUAUGAACUCGGAAAAUAAUAUUAGGAAAACCACAGAAACUGUCAGGAAGACGAAGCCAAACAGUCAAUCUUCAUUGCUUUCGACUUCCAACGAUUCCGAAAGUAAUGAUGUCAAAGCAGUGACUGAUAAUUUCGAAGAUUUAUAUUUCACCUAUCAAAGUUGGCAUAGACGUUUACGUGUAGCAAUUGCUUCUGGAGAUUUGGUUAUUUUGCGAUCUUUAUUACCAAUGGAUAUUUCCAAUAUAACUCAAAGAGAUAAUUUGAAUGAAUUGGGGGAAACAGUUCAUAAUUCAACUGCUUCUUUGAAUACUACUACCACUACUGCUGUUACUACGACUAAUAUGCUGACCACCACUAAUACAUCCCCUACUGAGUAUACUUCACCUGGAUCAUCAACUGUACCACCAUAUCGUGUUUGUUUAAAAUUAAUUAAUCAUCCAUUAACUGAUGGACGAAGACUUUUGCAUGUAGCUGUAGAAUUUCAAAGUGACCCUGAACUAAUUCGUUUAUUACUUGAAUGUGGAUGUGAUCCAGCAUUUAGUGAUGGGGAUGGUAUAACACCUUAUCAAUUAGCUACACGAUUGCAUAAAAAAUCAAUAGCUAAUGUGUUUCGACGUUUCCGAUUUCAUCAUCCGAAUCGUUAUGAUUAUGAAAAAGCUAAAAUACCUGCUCCAUUGGAUCCAUCAAAAGAGGCUGCCAAACUUGAACGUGAUCGUGAACGCACAAAACGACAAAAACAACGACAAAAAGAAAAACGUACUGCAGAACGUGCAGCUAUUGAACAACAAAAGAAAGAUGCUGAAGAACAAGCACGUUUUUUAGCCUUAUCCGAUCGCGAAAAACGUGCUAUCGUGACAGAACGUCGUUUGAUUUCUUCUGGUUCUGCGACUGGUGAACAAUUCAUGGUAUUCAGUCGUUGUUUUCAAUGCGGUUGUGAUAUCAGUGGUAAAGUUCCAUUCAAUUAUAUGGAUUAUAAUUUUUGUACAUCGAAUUGUUUAAAACAACAUCGUUUAAAAUCAAUAAAUAAUAACAGGUAAUACAAUUUUUGUAAAAAAAAAAUAAUCACCAACACAAUAUUGAUCGUUUCUGAUUAAAAAAAAUUUUUUCUUUAAUUUCUUUAAUACAUUGAAAUGAAAUGGAAGAACAAUUUUGGAAUGAUUUUUAAAAUUACAAUCAUUCAUGAUUAAUAAUAAUAAUAAUAAUAAUAAUAAUAAUAAUAAUA